UUUUUUGGUUGAAUACUCUCACCAAGUAUUGACCUUGCGUGUACUCCAUUACUUAUUUUUCAUAUAUAUACCAAACCCUUUCUCUCUGGGCUUUACUUCAAAACUCUCUCUCUCUCCAUCUCUCUCUCUCUCUCCAUUGUCAUUCUUUUCAGCAAUGGAGUUGGACAGUGUUAUCAAUUUUCUUGAGAACAGAACCAUUUUAGUCACUGGUGGCACUGGCUUUCUAGCAAAGAUAUUUGUGGAGAAGAUACUUAGAGUUCAACCAAAUGUAAAGAAGCUCUAUCUUCUUGUAAGAGCAACAGAUGCCAAGGCAGCUUUGCAGCGCUUGCAUAAUGAGGUCAUUGCAAAGGACUUGUUUAGGGUUCUAAAAGAGAAGUUGGGAGCAAACCUAAAUUCUUUUAUUUCCGGAAAAGUCAUUCCAGUUGCCGGUGAUAUUACCUGUGAAAAGAACUUAGGAGUGGAGGACAUUAAUUUGGUGGAAGAGAUGUGGAGAGAAGUAGAUAUUGUUGUUAAUUUAGCUGCCACAACCAACUUUGAUGAAAGAUAUGAUGUCUCACUGGGUCUUAAUACAUUGGGAGCUAAGCAUGUUAUGAACUUUACAAAGAAAUGUGUCAAAAUAAAGUUACUUCUCCAUGUAUCCACUGCUUAUGUUUCUGGCGAAAGAGAGGGACUGAUACUAGAAAACUCAUACCGUUUGGGCGAGACACUAAACGGGGCGUCUGGAUUAGACAUUGACAAAGAGAAAGAAGUGAUGGAGGAGAGAUUAAAUGAGCUUCGUGCAGAAGAAGCUUCAGAAAAAACGAUUACAAGGGCAAUGAAGGAUUUGGGCUUUGAAAGGGCGAGGUUGUAUGGAUGGCCUAACACCUACGUAUUUACAAAAGCAAUGGCAGAGAUGUUUCUAGGGCAUUGGAAAGAAAAUUUACCAUUAGUUAUCCUUCGCCCUACCAUCGUAACUAGUACUUACAAAGAGCCCUUCCCUGGUUGGGUUGAAGGUGUCAGAACGAUAGAUAGCUUAGCGCUUGGUUACGGUAAAGGAAGAAUUACAUGCUUCCUUGGAGAUCUUGACUCAGUAGUUGAUGCGAUUCCAGCUGACAUGGUGGUUAAUUCUAUGAUCGUGGCCAUGGCGGCUUAUGCAAAUCAACCAUCUGAGAUCAUACUCCAAGUGGGGUCUUCAGUAGCAAAUCCUGUGACAUUCACUUGCCUUCAAGAUUGCGCUUUCAGUUACUUCACCAAGAAUCCAUGGAUUGGUAAAGAUGGAAAGCCUGUCAAUGUAGGCAAGGUUAAAGUGUUGAGCACCAUGGCUAGCUUCCACAGAUACAUGACAAUUCAUUACUUGCUCCCAUUAAAGGGUUUAGAAUUAGUGAAUGCAGCAUUCUGCCAGUAUUUUCAAGGCAUGUACCUUGAACUUAAUCGAAAGAUCAACUUUGUGAUGCGGCUGAUAGAAAUUUACAGACCCUACUUGUUCUUUAAGGGCAUCUUCGAUGACAUGAACACGGAAAAGUUGCGAAUGGCAGCAAGGGAGAGCUGCGUUGAGACAGAUUUGUUUUACUUCGACCCCAAAAUCAUCGAUUGGGAGGACUACUUCAUGAAUACUCACAUUCCUGGCGUAGUAAGACAUGUAUUCAAGUGAUGAUAGCAACAACAACUACUGAAAAGUUGAUAUAUAUAUGUUUCAAAGUAUGCGAAAGUGAAUAUUUUUUUUUUCUUUUAAAUUGUUCCUUCGGUUUUGAAAAAUAAACCAGAAAAUUUACCACUAGUGAAUUGUGCAUUGAUGA